ACCCGCUAUGGGGUGCCCAUUUGCCAGAAGGUACCCACCCAACGAUGGGGCACCCACCCAGUCACAGGGUACCCACCCCCCAGCAUAGUGCAGGGGAAGUGCUGGGAGCGGGGUGUGCCAGCUGACACAUGGGGCAGGAAGGAGCUGCUGUGGGGCUGGGACAAGGCAAAACUGAAAAAAGAGGAAGCCCUCGAGUGCCCCAGCCCAGUCCAGCAGCACCCAGGCAGACAAAUCUGACACUUCGCACACCUCCAUCACAGGACCUCUCCUCUCUCACAGGUGUCAGCUCUGUCACCCGAUGAGGUGACAGCCAACCCACCAGCAUGCCCUGGGCAUUGCCGCUGCGAUGGUCACCAUGGGGACGGCUCGGUGUGAAAGCCUUGGUCACUGCUGCGGUGUUUGUAACCACCCUCUGGAACCUGAGGUUCUUCCUCAACCCCUCCAAGGGCUCUGGAGAAGACUCUAAACACAGGGAGCCAUUGGUGAUCCUAGUGUGGGAAUGGCCCUCCAAGGAGGUCCCCAAUGUCAGCAGAGAUGUGUGCCAUGAGCUGUACAGCAUCACAGGCUGCCAGCUCACCACAGAGCGGCAGCUCCUGCACCAGGCCAAUGUGGUGGUGUUCCCCCAUUCCAGGCUCCAGCCUGGCCGGGACAAACUACCCAAGGAGAGGCUGCCAGGGCAGAACUGGGUGUGGGUUUCCCUGGAGUCCCCCUCCAACACUAGAGCUCUAGAGGCAUGGAACAAGACCUUCAACUGGGUGAUGACCUACAGACAGGAUUCGGACAUCUUCAUCCCCUAUGGCAAGCUUGUGCCCAACCGGUCAGCCACUGUGAACAUCCCUGCAAAGACCAACUUGGUGUCCUGGGUUAUCAGCAACUACCACAGGACUCAGAAAAGAGCUGAAGUCUACAAAAACCUCUCCAGGUUCCUCCAUGUGAAUAUAUAUGGGAAAGCAAACAACAAGCCCCUCUGCAAGGACUGCCUCUUGUCAACAAUAUCCAAGUCCAAGUUCUACCUGGCCUUUGAGAACUCCAUCCACCGGGACUACAUCACAGAGAAACUCUGGAGGAACUCACUGCUGGCCGGCACCGUGCCUGUGGUGCUGGGGCCACCCAGGGCCAACUAUGAGCAGUUUGUUCCUGCAGACUCCUUCAUCCAUGUCAACGACUUUGGCUCCCUGGAGGAGCUGGCCACUUUCCUGAGGACCAUGAACUCCAGCCGCUACCGGCAGUUCUUUGCCUGGCAGAGGAGGUUCAGUGUGAAACUCUACACUGACUGGAGGGAGCGGAUCUGUGCCAUUUGCACGGCCUAUCCCCGCCUGCCCCAUGGCCACCUCUAUCCUGACCUGCAGAGCUGGUUCAACUCCUAGUGUGUGCUGGGACCCUUGGGAUGAAUGCAGGCAGGGGUGGGAGGUGCUUGAGGCACCCACCUGCACACGGGAUGUGAAGCAAGGACAGGAGCCCCCACUCUCCUCCUAACCCAGCUGUUGUCACGCUUCGAGCAACUCCCUAUGACUUCAUUUCUUGUGAAACGGGACUUAUCACCCCAACCUAACACUGAACACAUUGGCAGGGUGCUGGCAGGAUCAGAAGGUGCUUUGGAAAUAAAUGGCACAGUGCUGCUGAGGCUGUGCAUGUGGUGUGGGCAGGGCAGGGGGGUGGUGGGUGGCUCAGGGCUCCCCAACCUUUCCCUGUGAUCCUCAAUGUCCCCCCAGCACCUGCCGAGUGCCAAAGUCCUGUCAGCAGAGGCCCUGUGGUGACAUUUGUGGCUGGGCUGGAGGAACGAGCGUCAGCCCAGGGGGGUCCAUUACCCCAUGGCCAGGGAGGAAGGACAGCAUCUGCUGCCCCUCUUCCUGGCAACACCCAUUUCCUGUCCCCCACCCCUGGGCCAUGGGUGCCACUGUGCCAGUGAGGAGCCACAAGACAGCGGAUGCUUUCAGAGCAAUCUCAGUGCUGCCAGGCAGUCAGAGGGACACUGUCACUCCCUCCCUGAUGUGACAGGAAGCCAGUGAGCUGACAGCCUCUGGAGGCUUGCACAACCCUGAAGCAAAGCCAGUCUUGCGGGCAACUUGAACAUGCACACAUUGCACUGAGGAAACCCUGCACACCUGGCACAGAGGGCACCCUGCACCACGGGCAUUCCAAGAGGAAGUACCCAUCUGGGAUCAGUGGUGCUGUCGGGGCUAAAUGACAAGGCAAUGAGUAAGACAUGACUGCUCCAUCUGUGCCUUGCUCUUUGCCCCUCUACUCAGUGCCAUCAACUCCCUUGAUAUAAACAAUUCUUUUUGGCACAAGCUUCCUUUCCAGUUUUCUUCCUGUGGCCCAGAAGUCACCAAACGCCAUCUCUACCACCCUGCAAGCUGCUGGGUGCCCAGGACUGAGAGUCAGCAGAGGGGACAUCCCUUCCCUGGCACAGCCCUGGUGAGGUGGCAGCUGGAUGGGCACACUGUGCUUUUCUGACUUCUGUGGUUUCCGAUUUCCGCUCUGAUCUCUGGGUCAACCAGAAGCAGAGCGGAACAGGAGGGGCUGUGGGUGCCCACAGACAGAUGCUGGGUACUCAUGGGCAGGGGGUGCCAGGGUAGCAGGAUGUGGGGGUCCCAUGGUGGGCUGCAGCUCUUGUAUGGCUGCACGAAGAAAACCAGAUAGUGGAAAUGUGGAGCAAACCUUUGGGAGAUUACAUCUGUCUCAUAUUUCUGCUCCUGACCCUGACAGCUUCCUGCACCCUUUAAGUGCCAGGCAGCACUGGGCAGCAGCAACAGGGGGCAGUUUCUGAUGGAUGCCACACAUGGCUGGGCCUCUUGCCUGUGGGCAGUCAAGUAGGAGGCUCUGGGGAGGAAGCAGGGAUACAGAGGGGCCCGGUCCCAUAAGGCUGGAAUCUAGCCCAGCCCAGCCCUUUGCAGGGUCUCAAGGUGCCCUAUGAGCAGCUGCCUUUGUUGCCCCUAUUCCAGGCAGCCCUAGAGAGCAAAGCCCCAGCUACCACCCCAUCAAGCUGAAAAAACAGGGCUUUCCAGAAGUUUCCCUACGGGCUUGGUUGGGGAAGGGGCCUUGAGAGAAUGGACUGGGGGCAAGCCAACUGAGUGUGGUGGGAAAAAGUGAAGGGUCAUCCCCCAGACAUCCCCACUCCCACCAGCUCAGCUCCCAGUGCCCAAUGGACCUGCAUGGCUGGGUUGUUAUCAUUCCACCACAGACUGCCUCAGCGGGACCACACAUAUGGGAGCAUCCAUCUCUCCCCUGUCAGCACCACACUACAAUGAGGAGAGCCCCAGCUUUCCAGACCUCUUCACUUCCCACCCUGCUACAUCCUUCUUAGUCCUUCUCUGUCCCUGGCAGCUGCUGGAGCAGUCUGCAAGUAAGCGCACACUGCUUCCAACCUUCCCAGAAGCAGUUACAGCAAACAGCAAUUUGAACUGAGUGGAAGAUGACCCCCUCCACUUUGAGGGGCAACAGCCCUGAAAAGCUGGUACCACUCCAGGGCCAAGCUGC